AUAACCGUUUUUUAUUGGUGGAGACCAUAGAAUACUCACGAUAUAACCUGGUGGAGACCAUUUAAACUCGAAUAUAAACUGGUGGAGACCAUUAAAACUCUGGAAUUUUUUUGAUUAUGAUGAUUCAAUGAUAUAACUUUUUUAUUUUUGUGGGAUAACCUGGCAGUUUGUGAGUUUAAUAACUCCGCCAACACACUUCAAAGUUAAAAAAAAAAAAAAAAAAAAAAAAAAAAUAUUAAUAACAAAUUUACAAUAUUUAAUAGAAAAUUAAAUAAUUAUUUAACUGCAAUAUUAACUUUUUAAUAAGAAACUAAAUAACAAUAGUUUUACAUAGUUAUUAAUAGUCAUUAAAAAGAAUUUGUUUCUGAUACAAGCAGCAACAAUGACAAGUGAUUUAUGAAAUAAAAAUAUAAUUGUGCAAUUUAUUAAAUAAUUAUUAACAUGGAAAGUGCAAUAUCUACAUCCUUUAACUGUGAAUUAUGUCACAAAAAUUUUACACAAAAAUCUUCUCUUAAUCGUCACGUAAGGGAACAACAUUUACAACCAGGUUUAUACCAGUGCAAUCAAUGUGGUUUAAGAUUUUCCAAAAAAUACAAUCUACAAAUGCAUAUUAAAAACAUCCAUACAAAAUCUCUGCAAAAAACUACUCAAUACUUUAAAAGUUCACAUGGUAAACACAACAGAAAGCAACCUGUUAGUAUAGAAUCAAUUAAAUCUUCUAAAGCUCAAGAGGAAGAGGCACUAGAACAAGAUGUUCAAACUGUAGCAGAAACAGUUUUAAAGGAAUUAAAACAAUUACAAAAUGAUAUACAACCAAUGAAAGCUAAUGAAGAAAAUUUAACAACUCCAACAGACACUGGAAUAGGUAUAAUAAGCAAUAUUGUUGUUAAAGAUAAUUUAUAUCCCUCAGGUCAAUUUAAAAAAUUAAACGUACAAACUAUUACGCGUUUGGAUGGGUUAACCUAUUUAAUUUGUGAAUUCUGUAAAAAAGAAUUUAAAAAAUCUUAUAAUUUUUUAAGACAUCUAAGAAUUCAUACUAAAAUACGACCUUUUAUAUGCGUUUUAUGUAAAAAAACAUUUCCCACUACGGCACAGUUAAAAAACCAUUGUUCCAUUCAUCGUUUACAUGAAAGUUUUGGAUUAGUAAGGAAAUUUUAUCAAUGUCCAAAGUGUAAAGAAGGUUUUAGUGCUAGACAACAAUUCGAUAAACAUUUAAGCUGCUCAUUAGACUGUGGCCAGUUAACAUUCAAAUGUCCACAAUGUUGGAAAACUUUUAAAACUCUAAAAACACUAUUAAGCCAUAAGCAUAGCGAAAGGGAUAAUGAAAUAGAUUUACUCAAGAAAAUAUUACCCGCACCUGAGCCGGUCUCUGGAAAAUAUGACUGCAAUUUGUGUGGUUUAGCAUGUAGCAGUGAAAUUGUAUUAAAACAACAUGUAAACAGGCAUGCAAAUCUAUUUAAAUAUCAAUGCUUGGAAUGUCAACAAACAUAUGCCACUCAAGUGGCAUUAAGAAUACACACUAAUAAAACUCAUUUCAAGAAUACAAAUUUCAAAUGUCUUUACUGUAGCAAAAUAUUGAAAACAAAACAAAAUUGUCGCCAACAUAUGAUAACACAUUUGAAAUUGUUAAUAAAUACUAAGGAGCAAAAUGAAAACUUGUUAAAAUAUCCCAUAUUUAUAGAAAAUGAAGAAACACAAGCCGAACAAAUGAUUUUAAUAAAAACCCAAAAACCAAAGAUUUCAGAAAUAGAUACGAAACUUCUUCACGCAAAAGAAGAAUUCAAAUAUAAAUGUUCUAAAUGUGAUAAAACAUUUCGUUAUAAUGCCUGGUUGAAAAAACAUUUCAACUAUAAACACUGCACAGAAAAGCCCUAUGAAUGUGAAACCUGUAGGCGCAAGUUUCGCGCAAAACAAUCUUUAAAAAAUCAUCAGUUGGUGCAUGCUACACAACGUGUAAAACUUACUUGUCAAGUGUGUGGUCGUUUAUAUGCCUCAAAUAAAUCUUUAAAAUUACAUUUGAGAAUUCAUACACAAGAAAAACCCUUCGAAUGCAAUAAAUGUUCCAAACAGUUUCGUACUUCUGGUCAUUUGAUACAACAUUGCAAAUCAAAUCACAAGGAAUAA